UGGUUGGCGAUUCGGUAGAAAUGGUAGAAACUGGCACUGGCAACUCGAAACUGUCGAAUCGCGUAUCGUAAAUCGUCGUCAUACGUCAUACCUCGUACUUAACUUCGCGACGAUCUAUUGCCGAUGUCAACGAAUCAGAAUUCAAUUCAUUGUUCGCGAAGCUAUAUUAACGAAAUUGUUGUCAAGAAAUUUUACAAGGAAUGUGUUAACGACGGACCAUAUGUAAAACGCGGGUACUCGUCUCUCACAUUGAUCGAUCAAAAAGCUAGUUUAGGUGCGUACGGGUUACGGCUACGGAGAGUUCCGAAGGGUAAAAGAUCCGCCGACUGCAAUGUUAUCCUACAAACGGAUCGACACUAUUCGCAGAGUAAAGGAUGGGAGAUGGUCUACGAAAGAUAAAUUGGAACAGUAUCGGGGAGUCCUUAAAUUACAUGUGCGCGAAAAAAGGAUACGGUCGCAAGAUGCAGCAAAAUUGAAGAACAGAGUGUCGUGGCAAUUGGGUUUGUAUAAACAAGACGUGAAAAAAUAUCAAAAAAUCGUAAACGAGAUAACGAAAACGACUCCAAAAGGUCAAUUAUACGGUCUAUUACAAACACGUAAAGAUUUGCGAUUGCGAUGCCAAGGCCGAGAGACGAGGCACGUUUACGAUUCUAUUUACGAGGAGAAUCAUCAAAAACGCCGUCAACUGGAUAAGCUGCGUUAUGAGAAAAAGAGAAAGAUGAAACGGUGUUUCGAACUACAAAUAGAGCACGUGGAACUUUGCAAUAUAUACGAGGAAGAAAAAGAUGCACCAUGGUCGCAGGAUCGGCAGCAGCAACAAUUGGUAUCGCGGUAUCAAAAGUCUAUCGCGAAACAAAACGCGGCGAAGGCGAUAAAUUUGACAUAUACCUAUAUGCUUGAAAUUUUAAAGAAGGACGCUAUACAUCACGAAACUCUGUUGGACGCGUUGAAGGAAGAUCGCCGAAAUCAAUGCGAAGUGAUACUUCGAACGACGAUAAUGGGUCAACUCGUUGCUGAGGAGUCGGAUGAUAUAGAAUCCAAGUACAAACGCGCUACUCGGCACGUUUGGCAUAAUAUGAAGGAACGAGAACGCAUGCUGACAUUCGUGCGCGGUCAAGUCGAAGAUUUGUGGUCGUUCGCCCAAUCGUUGAUACAAACGGAGAGCGAAGCGAUAUUGACCACGGAAAUCACGCGCGUUAGCAAUGUAUCGAACGAAGUAUUGGAAAAGCAGAUAAUAUCUUUGGAACGAAUAUUCGAAAAAAUUAAAGAUUCGUUGCUCGUACGUUCUUAUCAAGAGUUGCUUACAAGAUUAGAAGAACAGAUGAAACAACGAACAAGAUUACUGGAACAAUUUGAACGCAACGUUAAGGAGCGAGACUCUUUAUUGACUAAAAAGAAUGAAGCAUUGAGCACGCUUUCAAAUUUUGGUCAUUCCCUUAUAGCCAGUGCCGAAGAAUACAACGCGGACAGAAAUAUUUUGCUAGAACAAAUAGCGGUGCAAAAGAAACGUGAACUCGAUCGUAAGAACUCUAAGAAAGAACGCGGUGAAUUGUUGAUGGAGAUUAGAGCGGCGCUACAAAACAUGGUGGCGAUGCUCGUUUGUGUUAAAAGAGGUAAUAGAAUACCAACGAAGAAGACUAUGGGCGAUGCCGAAGAACGUUACGACGUACCGAUGAUAGAAAAGAUGGAAACAGAAGGUUUAGCGUUAUUGUCGACCGUUAGUCGCAAAGUAGGAGCGUUGUUCGGAAUGAGCAAUUUCGAAUUCGACAAAGACAGAGAAGAAAGAGCGAGGGACAUGUAUCAAACUUACGUUUCGAAUUAUCGUUCGAAACAAAAGUUCGAUGAUGCUGGUUUGGAACCGACCGGUCUCAUCAUGGAACAUCAAGCGAUUGAUUCUUCGGUGCCGACGCGGGCGGAUAUUAAAUUGAGAAGCAAACAAGCUGUGGAAGCCUAUUUGAGAUUAGCGUGACGCGCACAUGGAU